UAUAGACGUUAAAAUAAGUAAAGAAAUAGACCCCAUCAAGCCUCUUCCCCUCUUCAAACCCUUGAAAUCUUCCCUCCCUCACUCCAUUAACUCUCUCAGCUUCUUCUUUUUUCGGCAAAGAACUCUCUCAGUUUCUUACUUUGAAACCAAUCUCCAAAAAUACAAGGAAAUAAAUUAUUUUCUUGCCCUAUUUUUCUUUUCUCAAAGAAGAGCAUAGAAGAAAAUAUGAAACUCCCAUUUCUAAACAAGAACAACCCUUCAUUUUCGUGUUCUUCAAAUUCAAAUUCAGUUUCAUCAUCAACAAAGCCCACUUCAUGGCCAUGGCCUUCUUGUCAUCAAAACCCUAAAACCAUAUCUUUCAGAGCAACCAUCACUUUCACCAACCCUAUCCAUGACCAAGAUGACGAUGAACUCGACCCACCUGAGGGUACUGAGUCGAUAGAGAGUGUGAUAAAAGGGCUAAGAUCAUCAGAGAGACUCAUCUUCGAAAGCAAAGGAGAAUCCAACUCCAUACUCGAAGAAGCUACGACUAAGCAAGAAGGAGAAAAAGCCGACGAGGAAGGUUUCAUGCUCUUUUCCUUGGAAUCAAACGACCCUUACUCUGAUUUCAAGAGAUCCAUGGAGGAGAUGGUUGAGGCACAAACGCUUCACCGCGACUGGAGAAGCCUCGAGAAGCUUCUCUUCCAGUUCUUGAAAGUCAACGCCAAGACCAGCCAUCGAUACAUCUUCGCCGCUUUUGUCGAUCUCCUCUUGAACUUAACACUGCACACGAAUGAACCCAUCAAUAUCAACAUUGCCAAAGAUGACGUGGACGGAUUCUCGGCCGCACGCGCCACCAUCGGAGAAGCAAGUGCUUCUUGUUGUAACAGUAUGAGUCUUGGCGAGUCUCCGUUGUCUCCUCUGUCACUCUUCACGUCGUGUUCUUCUUCUUCCUCCGAUGAGACUUCCUCGACGUCUGUAAGAUUCUUGCCGUUGUCUUCUUUGUUAGAGAUGGAUGAGAAAUGUAAAGACAUCUUGGUUUAGAAUGCUUUACUUCUUUAUUUUUAUUUUUUGUAUAAUUAAAAUUUGUGUAGAAUCGUAACAUUGGCUACCCUUAAUAUUUUAUAUUGGCAUAUGUGCUCUUACGUUAUAGUUUUCA